GGCACAAGCAAAAUAGAAGGCCUCAAACUCGAUACGUCUUUGCUGAAAGAGGAAGCAUAUGUUUGUACUGUUUUUGCUGACAAUAGAAAACGUCGCUAUGAAGACUUCCUUGGGAAGCCCUUAUUGUCAAAUUUGGGUGGUUCGCUUAAAAGAUAUGGUUACGGUAUCUUCUCCUCUCACCUCGAACCCACAGAUCCAGAAAAUUCAAAUCCAGUGGCUUUGGAAGCUGAUGCAUUUGCAAGGAUUAAAAAACUAAAACUUCUAUAGCUCAAUCAUGUACAUAUUAGUGGGCCCUAUAAGAAGUUUCCCAAAGGAUUAAGAUGGCUAUGCUGGCACGGAUUCCCACUUAAGUCCAUACCUGGUGAUUUCCCUUUGGAGAGCUUGGUUGCUCUUGACAUGCAAUAUAGCUGCUUAAAAAAUGCAUGGGAAGGAACCAAGGUUCUACAGUGGUUACAGAUCCUCAAUCUAAGUCAUUCAUAUGACCUUGCCAAAACACCCAACUUUUCAGAAAUCCCCAAUCUUGAAAAAUUGGUGCUUAAAAAUUGUACAAGUUUGGUUGAGGUUCAUAAAUCUAUUGGACUCCUCGACAAACUUGUUUUAUUAGAUUGUGAAGACUGCAAAAGUUUGAAGAAUCUUCCAAAAAGCAUUUGUAUGCUAAAACAUUUGGAAACUCUUAUCAUCUCUGGUUGCUCGAAUCUUGAUGGAUUGCCAACAAACAUGGAAAACAUGAAGUGUCUAAAUGUGCUCGAGAUAGAUCGAAUUACUUUAAAUCAAUCUCACCCAACCAAUGGGCAGGCGAACGCAGUGCAAUUUUUCAUCUGGCCUUGGUGGUUGAAGGCAAGAGAAAGUGUGGAAAUUUCAUGGCCUUCUUUACCAAGGUCCUUGGUAAAAUUACAUCUGGCAAACUGUAAUUUGUCAGAGGAUGAUUUUCCGAGAGACCUUAGCAACCUAUGUUCACUGAAGGAACUAAAUCUGUCGUGUAAUCAAUUUUGUAGCCUCCCAGAUUUCAUCAGAGGUCUUACUAAGAUUGAGUCCUUGUACCUAUAUUCUUGCCCAAGGCUCCGCAAACUUGAUGGGAUACCGUCGCAAGCUGUAAUCUGUCAUUUGCAUUGUGGAGCAAAUAGAUUGCUGGAGGAAGUAACGAUUCAAAUGUCGCACCGACCAGAGACUUUGAGCAUAUUCAAAUUAGAAUCCAUAGAAAACGUUGAAGUUGAGAUUGUUAACAAUUUGGCCUUGUCGAACUUCCAAUCCAUGGGAAACCUAACUGUAAAGCUAACGUCAUGGAUGGGCAUGCAACGAAGGAGGUUUCCCCUCCAGGUAUGUUAUGAAUCACGUAUAAACUGCGCUUAUAUUCCUGGUAGCACGUUCCCACCCGGGUUCACUUUUAAGAAUUUAGGAUCCGCAAUUGAUGUUAUUGUGCCUUCAUAUCUUAAUUCGAGGAUCCGAGGCUUGAAUGUGUGUUCAGUUUAUGAGCACUUUGGUGAUCCAAAACGUCAUGAACCACAUACUGUCAUAAGUAAUAGGACGAAGGGUCUGGUUUGGAGCUAUUGUCCAUUUGUCUUUGGAACUGCAGAAGAUGGUGAAGAUACGAUGUGGUUAAGUUAUUGGAAGUUUGGAAAAAAUCAUUUGGGAGCUGGCGAUGAAGUCAAUAUUUCAGUGUCUGGAGGUGAAUUUGUGCAAGUAAAGGAGGUUGAAAUCCGCUAUUUGUACAAGGACGAACCAGAAGAGAUGAGCUCCCAAUCAGCCUAUGAAGAUGAAAUACCCCAUCAACUCUAUCAAUUUGGAAAUAUCGUUCCAGGAAUUGUUUCUGCACAUCAGCCGGGAAUAAAAUUGUACCAACUCGGCAAUCAUCUUGUUGAUUGCAAGUAUUGUAAGCAUCUAUACCCUCCACCAUGGAUCCCUGCUCCUUACGAAUAUGAUUAUAAUUUGGAAUGUUGGGCUUCAGUAGUACUUAUGGUGGGGGAACCAUUUUAUGUUUCUAAGACCUUGAACCGGCGUUCAUUGAUUUAUUAG